UGUGUUUCAGAUUGCAAGAAGAUUCAGGAAGAUGUGAAAAUUUACUUAUCAGUUUCAUCUCUAGCUUGGGAUAAGAAUUCUAUAAUUAAAAAACGUCAGAUAGAAUUAAAUUGGGACGUGAAAAGCCCAAAACCUAAAGAUGCAGUUGCUUUGUUCGAUUCUCUUCCUAUUGAACACAUAAACCCUCUUCAGAUUGUUUACGUGGCAAAUCAACACACGGGGUAUUAUAGAACUAAAUAUGAAUUGCCAUAUUUGAACUUCACCAAAGAUAAUAUUACAGAUGGUUGUUUGAACUACUAUAUAGCUUACAUAACAGAUGAUAAGAUAACCCAUCUUAACUGCUUGAAGACAAGACCAAGAUGGAUGAACAAGAACCGAAAAUAUAUAAGUAACUUGUCAUUAACGGAACUGAUGAUACCAGGAACACACGAUUCGGGUAGUUACGCUACUUUUCCUUAUGAUGAUGGUAUUGUUACAAUCAUAUCAAGGUAUGUUUACGCUCAAGAAGAAAGAAUUUUUAAUCAGUUAACUUAUGGAAUUCGCUACUUUGAUUUGAGAGUGGCUCGUGUUAACCAUCAGUUUAUUAUACAGCACGGUAGUAUCAUUACCAAAAACACAUUGGAAGAAGUUCUAUCUGACGUUCUUGAUUUUGUUGAAACCACCAAAGAAAUUGUUAUCUUAGAUUUUCACAGGCAUCCGGAUCAUGAAAACGUUCAGGUAGACUUACUUAAUUUUAUUAAAAGUAAAUUAAACCCGUAUUUAAUACCAAAAGGGAGCAAGUUGAAGCUAGGAGAUAUCCUGGACAGCCCUUAUCGGAUUUUAGUGACUUUUAAUCAGGCUAAAAUUUCGGAUCCAAAACUUUGGCCAUCACUAUGCCAAAUCUGGCCAGAUGUUCUAGAGGUAGAAGACCUUAAAGAAUUCUUUUCUGCCUUUUAUAAUAGGUCUGAAGUUCCACCUUUUCUAUGGUCGGCAAUGGCAGAACUGACUCCAGAUAUGAAGUAUAUACUCGAACAUCCAGAUCAGGGAUUAAGGGUUUUGGCAGAUUUUGUCAAUCGUAACAUCACUGAUUGGUUUAGAGACAUGUGGGGAAAGUUUUCGAACAUCGUUGCCACCGAUUACUUUUUAGGUAACGAUAUUAUAUCGGUAGCCAUCGACAUCAACCGGAAGAAAAAGUGUGAAAGUAGAAAACCUCCCGCUGAAGAAGUAAGCACGUUUUCAUGUUCUCCUCAAUGAAAUUUAUUUGCACGUGGAUACUGUCUAAAAUGUUGUCAAACUGUUUACGAGACUCCGCUCCUAUAAAAAAAAAAUUGUAAAUUAAAUUAUUCAAAUGACAUUUCAAUACGUUUUGUUAUAUACUAUGUAAAAGGAAUUUAAUGGCGUAUAAUUAUGCUGAUAAUUAAUUUGUGAAUAAAAACUGCAUUUAUAAUAACUGAUAGGUAAUAAAUAUAUUUUU